AUGUUCGGCGAUCGAAUCGUCGUCCCAUCAGAGUUUCGAAAGCAGAUCGUUCGUCAACUGCAACGUGGACACCCAGGAAUGGACCGAAUAAAGUCUCUGGCCCGAAGUUACAUCUACUGGCCUAACGUUGACGACGAUGUGGAGCAAUUUGUCCGUCAGUGCACUGCAUGUGCUGAAGCAGCGAAGUCCCCGACAAAAGCAACCUUGGAGUCAUGGCCUCUCCCGGACAAGCCAUGGCAACGUGUCCAUAUCGAUUUUGCUGGUCCGAUCCAUGGAUACUACUAUUUCGUCAUGGUAGAUGCUUUCUCUAAGUGGCCCGAAAUUUUUCGCACUCAAUCCAUUACCACAACUGCAACCCUGAAUAUGCUGCGUGAAACGUUUCCUCGUUACGGCAACCUAGACACAUUGGUCUCAGACAACGGAACGCAAUUCACCAGCGAGCAGUUUCAACAGUAUUGCCGUGCAAAUGGUAUUAUCCAUCUCCGCACUGCUCCCUACCACCCGCAGUCCAACGGCCAAGCGGAGCGAUUCGUUGAUUCACUCAAGCGUGGCCUCAAGCAGCUAGCCAAGGGGGAAGGAUCACCCACACUGGAGCACCUGCAGACAUUCCUUUCGGUGUAUCGUUCAAUCCCAAACCGAAACACACCGCAGUCGACGUCUCCAGCAGAAGCAUUCCUCGGAAGACCAGUGCGCACCACUUUGGACCUACUGAAGAAACCUGUUCCUGUAACUGAAGCUGUCAAGAACCACAAACAAAACUAA